UCCUUCAGCUAAGAAGGUUGCUCUGAUACUAACAACUAGUUUUUUUUGUCUGUCUGUUUUGCGUGUGUGUGUGUGUGUGUGUGUGUAUGUGUGUGUGAAGCAAAAGUAGCCACUGACAGUCAUAGGAAAUCUCUUAGUCAUAAAAUUGAUUCUUCCCAUGACUCAGAUGUGUAUAAAACCCAGCUAGUGUUGCUGAGAGGUUCAGAAAAUCUCACUUGGUUAUAAAAAGUCAUAACCCUUUCUACACUUGAGACAUUUUCAGUCCUUUCUACACCAAGGCAGUGUGCAUUAGCAUCUAGAGGCAGAGGAAAGGGCUGGAGGACAAGCAUUCUGCUUGGCGUCUUUAAAGUCUCAUUUGUCUGAACCUGUUCUCUCAAGUGCCUGACUUUGCAUUUCUCUAAUGCAGACUUAAAGCAAGCAGUUUAAAGUAGUGAGUGUACAACCCAAUUGUAUGUUUUCUUUUAAUAUCAAGGCAGUGAGGGAAAUAGGGAGUAUAGAGUAAACCAAUAUCUUUUGAGCACAAAAUACUCUUAAUUCUAUCUGUUCUCUUGUUGUAUUAAUGUGAAAUCUUAAAGUGAGUUUUCUGUGUUAGGCUACUUGAACAGUUUCUAUUAUUUGUUCAACUGCAGUGGAAAUCAGUCUAUGCCGUAAUGCUAAUGGCAUGAGAACAGGGACAAUUACUCUUCUGAAGCCCUCCCCUGUGGAGAAUAGUACCUUCCUAAACCCAUUAACCAGGCUUUAGCCUUCCAACUUUGGAUAUGGGCUCUUAAUAUUCUCAACAGAGUAUGAAACUUGGCAAAUCACUGCUAACAAAUGCUUUUUUGAACCUGUCUGUGAGGCGUAUAUAGUACUUAUAUUUUCUCAUGAACCAGAAGCUGAACAUUCCCUGUGUGGAAUAGCAGGAAAUUGCCAUUUAUUCCAUUUUUUCCCCCCUCAUCACCUGUGGAAGAUGCAGUUCACUGCUCAGCCUAAUCAGUACGCUGGUUUUUGUACCAGCCUUUCUAGGACUACUCUAGGGGAGAAGCAGUGUGCUUUGCUGGCCAAGGUUGGGAUCCUAGGGUUCUCUGUGAUCCUAGCUUGCCUGAAUGUAAACAUCCUUGUACUUGUAUCUUCAUCUACUCCAGAUUUCUCCUUAUAAAUGUAUUGGGAGGAAAACAUUAAUACUUUUUUCCCUUGCAUAUAUUCGCAACCAGUUUUAUAUAAGUAUUAUUUUUCCUCCUUUCCUGGAUGCUGUAGUUGCAAGCAACAACUAAGUUUCUCUGAAAAGGUAAUCAAAUCAUUUAAUAAUAUUUGAAUCACUCCAUUAGCCAAAAAUAAAAAGAUUACUUGUGGGGAGGGGUAUUAUAUUCCCAAUUUUUAUCUUGUCUAGUUUAGUGCUAAACAUAAGACUUAAAAUGGGAGAUUUUAUUAGCAAAUAUAUCCUAAAAGCUCUUUGCAAAUGUAAGAAAUGCCAGAGAGGUUUUAUUUGCUAAUUGAAUGGUGUGAUAAGCUCUUUGAGAUUUGGUAGGGCAAGUGGAGAAUUGGGAGGGCUCAACCAUUGUGAGUGAAAGGAAUUGAAGAAGAGUAUGAAAAUUGAUCAAACUUCAAAUGAGAAAUUGAUAAUGGGAUUAUCUCUUUGGCCGUUACUUGUCUGCUCUUAUACCGCUAAUCAAUAUUGCUAAUCAAUCUUUUUAAAUUAUUUCCAAUGUCUGUCCUCAGUUCUAGUUCCAUGUCUCCCUUUCCUCUGGACACUUCCACUUGAUUGUCCCGUCUUUAAACUCAAGUUCCUGAAAACUUCCCCUCCAUAUUUCAUGUUUUCUGUGAAGGAAUAUUCACCUAGAUUUGUCAUUUCCCUACCAUAUCUAGCCACGUACUAAGUCCUCCAUUUACCCCAUCAUUCCAUUCUCAUUGCCAUCACCUGAAUCCAGAAAUACUUAUUCAGUGGCUCCCUGUUGCUUGUGUACUGGUCACCCUGCAGUGUGCCAGUCUGUGCCUGUUUUGGAUAAUUACCACCUGUUAUUAAUACUUAGUUUUAGCCUGCCUUUUACUUUCAGAAAUGCUUCUUGUUUGGACCAUAAAUUUUGUGUUCAUACUACCCUUUCCCUACAUUGAAUUCAAACUUUGAAUUCCACCAACAGUAAGCAUCCUUAUGAGUGCAAACAUCCUUGUACUUAUGUCCUCAUCUAUCCAAUCCCUCCUUAUACACUUAUUGGGAGGAAGACAUUAAUACUUUACUCACUCGGGCUGGGCGUGGUGGGUCAUGCCUGUAAUCCCAGCGCUUUGGGAGGCCGAGGUGGGUGGAUCACUUGAUGUCAGCAGUUUGAGACCAGCCUGGCCAACAUGGUGAAACCCUGUCUCUACUAAAAAUACAAAAAUUAGCUGGCCCUGAUGGCAUGUGCCUGUAAUCCCAGCUACUUGGGAGGUGGAGGCAGGGGAAUGGCUUGAACCUGGAAGGCAGAGGUUGCAGAUUGUGCCACUGCAUUCCACCCUGGGUGACAGAGACUCUAUCUCAGAAAAAAAAAAAAAAAAAAAAAAAUUUCAUUCACAACCAGUUGUGUAAAAGUAUUAUUUUUCCUCCUCUGCUGAGUGUUUCCACUUGUAUUAUGUCAUCUUAUUUCUGUUUAUCUGAGUCUUACCGUCUUCACAAGUUCUGCUGUCACUCAGCAUUUGCACCCUUACACUGUUGGUUUAAAUUUGUGGAUAUGGCCUCGAGGUCCUUGGCAGAUUGUAAGCUCCUCCAGGACAGGAGCCCCAUUUCAUAGACACUGUUCUGUCUUUCCUCAGUAGCCUCAAACAGCAUCUAUUAAAUGUUCAGUACGAUCAUGCAUUGUAGUCAGAGGCAGUAGCUUCAGUUAGCAUUGUUGUUGAGCUGUUAUUUGGAGGCAGAGCAUAUGAAUCAUUAAAGUGAUCUGUACUUUCCUGUUAUUUAGUAAGUACAUUUUCUUGGUCUUGCCAAAUUUGAAUCUGAAAACUUUCUCCAUGGUUCCAUUUAAACAGCAUGUACCCUUCCCAGAUUUUUAACUGUUAAUCCUGCUUCCUUCUUUUUUGUGUGUGUCCUUAGGCUUAGGCUGUUGUGUCUUCUUUCUUGAUGGGAGAAGUAUUGGCAUGUAUCAUUUUUCUUUAAGGAAUCACAGGCUUCCUUCUUAGAGACCCAGGGCUUGGAAUAGAGAAAUUCUCUGUUAUCCUGAGUGCAUUUCUUAGUAUUUGCAUAAGCCUUUUACCAAGUCUAGCUAACCUCUCAGAACGUGGCAUGGAGGCUGAUUUCAGAAUCUGAGGGCUGGGCCUCUUCUUAUGACAUUUUCCACUGUUAAACUUCAGAGAUGACCCAGCUGGUUCUAGCUAGGUAAAUGGAUGUCUACCUUCAUCAAGCAGCUCUUUCACUCAGGACGGCCUGUUCAGGUUGUUUUGUAGCCAGGUAUAUCUUCACCACUACUGUCUCUUGCUAGAACAGUAAGUAAUACAAGGUAGGCUUUCAGAAGUAAAAUAGCAAAUAUGACCCUUCACACACAACUAUGGUGGGUGUGAAGCCACCAUAGUUAUUGCCAUUCAAUUAGCAAAUAAAACCUCUCUGGAUAUAGAAAGAAUGCUGUGUAACCAAAAAACAUUAUCAAAACUAGAAUGCGCAGGGCUUACCAAAAAAUGGUGAAGAUGUUGCCUUCCAUGUGUCAUUCUAGGUCCUAAGGAUUUUUCCAGCUGCACUCUCACCAGACAUCACAUUCUUGCACCCUGGACGUUGGUCUUACGGUACAGACAUUCUGUCUUUGUUUAUGCUGGUCACUCUGCCUGGAGUGCCUGGUCACUUCCCUACCUACUGAAAGCUUUCUCAUUCAUUUAGCAGACAUUUAUUGAGCAUCUGCUCUGUGCCAGAUUUUGGGCUAGGCCCUGGGGAUACCAAGAUGAUGGAUAAGACCAUGUCCCUCCUGCUCAGUACCUUAACAGGGGCAAUGAACAUUAACAGAUUUUUCCACAUAGGAUCUUAAGUAUAAUUAUAUUCUUCCCGCAAUCACAAAAAAAUAAGUACAUAAAUAAAAAUAAGUGCAAUGAUAGAGAUGCUCAGGGAGCUCCAGAGAGGAGUGUUUCUUACUCCGGAUGGAGCUUCUGAGCCCAUGUCAUACUUCCUGCUCUGCACUGUCCCGUACUUUGUUCGUGCUCCUCUCGAACAUUGCCCUCAGAGUGGUUUGCCUUAUGUGUGUCUCUCUCCCCCACCAGAGGGUCGGCUCCUGGAGGGCAUUAAGACAGAGUCAGCCUCUGAUUCAUCCUUUGAUAUCUGCUAGUCCCUAUUGCAGUGCUUUGCAUAUUUUAAACUUAUUUAUACUCUCUUGUUCCAUAAAGAUACCUCCAGUACUAUGUGAUGAAAUAGAAAAUAAUUGAAGAAUUCAGGUUGAGAGAAAUGUGGGAGAAGAAAAGGAUGAAAUCAGAGGUGAGGAGGCCGGGCACAGUGGCUCACGCCUGUAAUCCCAGCACUUUGGGAGGUUGAGGCAGGCAGAACACUUGAGGUCAGGAGUUCAAGACCAUCCUGGGCAACACAGUGAAAUGCCGUUUCUACUAAAAAUACAAAAAUUAGCCAGGCGUGGUAGCCAUCACUUGUAAUCCCAGCUACUUGGGACGCUGAGGCAGGAGAAUCUCUUGAACCUGGGGGGCGGAAGUUGCAGUGAGCCAAGAUCGCACCACUGCACUCCAGUGUGGGCGACAGAGCAAGAGUCCAUCUCAAAAAAAAAAAAAAAAGAAAAAGAAAGUAAAGAAAGAAAUCAGAGGUGAGGUUAGUACCUACAGGACAUAUCAAAAGAUUCUGUUGUCUACUGGAAUAGAUCCACAGCUUUGGCUCUCAGUCCUUAGCUGCUAAUGCAAAGAGGUUCGGAACUAGUCAUUUAUGUGCUUUAUGGAAGGGGUAUAAAAUGAAAUUAAAAGAAAAAACUUAUAAUGUAUCUGAAAACCAAGAAAUUUCUUAACUGUGCUGCGUGACUUUUUUUUUACAAUAACCCCUGUACUACUUAGUCUAAUGAUAGCGCUAUUUCAGCGAAUGUUCCAGUGUAGGUAUAGUUUGGCAACUUUUGCAAAAAAGCUACUUCACAAAAGACCAUCUACCCAUCUAAACCAGGAAUCUUCAACUUUCCUGUAGAACAGCGUUCCUUAAUCUUAAAACUCAUGGCCUCUUUUGGGAAACAAAAAUCUCAUACCUCCUCUUCAUUCUGAGAAACACCCUUCCACCGCGCCAGUCUAUAAUAUCCAACCUCUUAUCCUCAUCAGCCAAGAGUAUUUGAUCUUGCUUUCUCUUAAGUUUGUAUUAUAGAAACGAUAAUAACUUCUUUCCCAUAUACAGUUAUUAUUAUAUUGAAUAUGACUUUCAAACUGUAUAUCCUAUCCUUGUUCUACCAAUCUUAGGCAUUUCUGAAAUUCCACCUACUCUUUUUUUUUUUUUUGACACGGAGUUUCACUCUUGUCGCCCAGGCUGGAGUGCGAUGGAGCAAUCUUGGCUUACUGUAACCUCUGUCUCCUGGGUUCGAGUGAUUCUCCUGCCUCAGCCUCCCAAGUAGCUGGGAAUACAGGCAUCUGCCACCACACCCAGCUAAGUUUUUGGUAUUUUUAGUAGAGACAGGGUUUCACCAUGUUGGCCAGGCUGGUCUCAAACUCCUGAGCUCAGGUGAUCCACCCGCCUAGGCCUCCCAAAGUGUGAGGAUUACAGGUAUGGGCCACUGCGCCCAAAUUCCACCUACUCUUUUUUUUUUUUUUUUUUUUUUUUUUUUUUUUUGUGAGACUCCGCACUUUGCCUAGGCUGGAGUGCCAUGGAGCAAUCUCCACUCACUGCAACCUCCGCUUCCUGGGUUAAAGCAGUUCUCCUGUCUCAGCCUCCCAAGUAGCUGGGAUUCAGAUGCUCACCACCAUGCCCAGCUAAUUUUUGUUAUUUUUACUAGAGACGGGGUUUCACCAUGUUGGCCAGGGUGGUCUUGAACUCCUGACCUCAGGUGAUCCGCCCACCUCGGCCUCCCAAAGUCCUGGGAUUACAGGCGUGAGCCACUGUGCCCGGCCCCAACCUACUCUUAUUAAGAAUCAUUUCUCUAAAACUGUUACUUUAAUUGGCCUGUCUACUUAGAUUGGUAAGCUGUAUUCCAGAUUUAAUUCAAGGAGUCUAGUUAGAAGAAUUUAUACUAGACUUAAUGUCAGGCAAGUAAGUAAAUUGGCUAGCAUCAAGCUUUGAUCAAAGCUCUCAGCCUGACAACUUAUUUAAGCCAAAAUAGAAUGCUGUGUAGAAUCCUUUUUCUUGGAAUUGGUCAAGAGUUGAGGUAGAUGGGCUGACAUUUUAGUUUAUCAAUUUUUGAUGUAAUAGGCAUUUUUGCCAGAGCCAGGCACUGUUGUGUCAACACCAUGGCUGUUAUCCAGGGAACUUUUUCCCCCUCUGAGAUGGGCUUCAUAUUUAAAGCAGGCUUUGCUUUUCCCAGGUCGAGCUAAUAAUAGUGAGUAUUUAGAAUAUGCCAGGAGCUCUUCUAAGUGCUUUAUAGUUUAUAACAAACUUUUACCUUCUCUAUUUAAUGAACCUUCUAAAUGACCUUCAUUUUAUAAAAGAGAGAAACCAGGAGAAGUUCAGGGAUUUGUCCAGAGUCUUCUGGUCCAUGCAUGGCAGAGCCAGAUUUGAAGUCUGUUGCUUUUACCAUGUCACAAUGCUGGAUGUCAUAACCCAGUCCUUUUACCUUUGUAAAGUCUAUUGAAAUUAUUUUAUUUGCAAUAAAUUCCACAGUUGCAAAGCCCUUGGGAAUUCUUCUUUAGAGGCUCUAGGUUUUUCUUGUGCAGAAUUGCUCAGAUUAUUAGUCUCUUAGAAAUAGUGAGAUUCUGUGGCAGAUUUCCAAGCAUUUAAACCUCUUUGGAGAUUAAAGAGUAUUCAUUCCAGUUACAGAAAUGUCCCCUAACAUAUGUGAAUAUUACUCCCAAAUAAUUAAGAAUGCUGGGCCUGGGGCUUCUCACUUCCUUAGGUUUUCAUAGCUUUCCUGAGUACUGCAUCAGUUAGCUGAUCAGCAGCCUUUGUUUUUUAGCCACCAUUGGAGUCAUGAUCACGUUCUCAUUAGGUGUAGGUAUUUUCUUUUUUUCAAAUAUUGCCUUUAAGAAAACAUUUUGUUAGCCGGGCGCAGUGGAAGCUGAGACAGGAGAAUUGCUUGAGCCUGAGAGGUAGAGGUUGCAGUGAGCUGAAAUCAUGCCAUUGCACUCCAGCCUGGGCAACAGAGCAAGACCUUGUCUCAAAAAUAAAUAAAUAAAUAAAAAUUAAAAAAAAAAACUUUUGUAUUUUGGCAAUUUUGAUUUACGAAAGAUUUCCUUCUUGAGGUUACUGUUCUGAUUUUAUAGGUAAUCCCUAUGCAUUCCCUCUGAGUUUAAGAAAUUGUAUCCAAUAUCCCUGAUUUUCCCUUAAAGAUUCUGCUGUUUUCCUGGUUCUCUGGUCCCUUCUUCACUCUGAAAGUAAAGAGUAGGGCCUGAGAUAUCCCAGGAUGUUUCUCUUCAUCUCCCCAGCCCAUACAGUUGGAGAUUGUGCUCAAAAGAUUUGCCAAAAUAGAGAUUUUACACCAAGCCUGUCCAACCCGCGGCCCUCGGGCCACAUGCGGCCCAGUAGGUUUUUUUUUUUUUUUUUUUUGAGACGGAGUUUCUCUCUUUUUGCCCAGGUUGGAGUGCAAUGGCACGAUCUCGGCUCACUGCAAUCUCCGCCUCCUGGGUUCAAGAGAUUCUCCUGCCUCAGCCUCCUGAGUAGCUGGGACUACAGGCGCCCGCCACCACGCCCGGCUAAUUUUUUGUAUUUUUAGUAGAGACGGGGUUUCACCAUGUUAGCCAGGAUGGUCUCGAUCUCCUGACCUCGUGAUCCACCCGCCUCAGCCUCCCAAAGUGCUGAGAUUACAGGCGUGAGCCACCACGUCCGGCCACGGCCCAGUAGCUUUGGAUGUAGCCCAACACACAUUCGUAAGCUUUCCUAAAGCAGUAAGAGAUUAUUUUGUGUGUGACUUUUUUUUUUUUUUUAAGCUCAUCGGCUAUCAUUAAUGUUAGUGUAUUUUAUGUGUGGCCCAAGACAAUUCCUCUUCCAAUGUGGCCCAGGGAAGCCAAAAGAUUGAACACCCCUGUUUUACACAUCCUGUUGUGACAACUCUAGGUUUCCCGUCAUUUAUUUUCUUUUUCUUUCUUUCUUUCUUUCUUUUUUUUUUUUUUUUUUUUUGAGGCGGAGUUUUGCACUUGUUGCCCAGGCUGGAGUGCAGUAGUGCGAUCUUGGCUCACUGCGGCCCUCACCUCCCAGGUUCAAGUGAUUCUCCUUCCUCGGCCUCCUGAGUACCUGGGAUUACAGGUGCGUUGUCAUCACGCCCGGCUAAUUUUUGUAUUUUUAGUAGAGAUGAGGUUUCACCAUGUUGGCCAGGUUGGUCUCGAACUCCUGCCUCAGGUGAUCCGCCCAUCUCAGCCUCCCAAAGUGCUAAGAUUAUAGGUGCGAGCCCUGGCUCCUGGCUGUAAUAUCCAUUCUUAAUCGCUAUUUUUGAUGAAGCAAUUUUUUAAUUAAAAAACUUGGUGUACUUUAAAUAUUUUCCUGGUGUUAGCUAUGAUAGGAUUUGCCAUGUAUCUUUCACCCUUUUAGUUACCCCAUGGGUUGUUUUGUGAACCUGCCUCACAUUUUCUGUGCAUGUCCUUGAAUGUUGUAGAAUCCUAGGAGGGUCGAGAGUGGGUUCUGAAGAGCUUCCCCACGUACCUCCAUUCAAUUCAAUGCUAGCCUUUCCCCAUGGAGUGGAGGCCUUUGGACUUCUCUUGCCACCAGAGUGGACUUAGGGAACAGGCAGUUGGCAUUUGAGGUCCUCAUGCUAAGCUUAGAGCCUAGCACUCCCUUGAGCAAGCCACCUUCUCCCCUGUGCCUCCCAUUUUUUUCCCUAAGGUGAGUGCUCCUAAGUCUGUGGAGGUGCUCCCCUGCUGUUUUCUCCAGGGUCCUCAGAGGCCCCCCCUUUUUUUUUCUAUAGUAGGCUGACAGAGCAAAUGGUCCCAAGGGUGCCUGGGGCCAGCCUCAGAGCUGUGGCUGCAGCUGUGAACCCAGGCUGUGUCAGAGGAAGCUUGGCUUAAGUAUAAAUAACCUUAGCAGAACUCAAGGUCCAGUCACCUGUGGAAGAGAGGUGAAACUCGAAAUGCAGUGCCCACUCCCUCUCCCUCCUGAGAUAUACAUAAACACAACUUGGUGUUGAAAUUUGAGAUGGUACAAUGGGAGUGGGUGUGGUUUAGGGAGAGUUGUAUCUGCCCUGCAUAGAUUUGGGGGCCUGAUGCAGUGGUCCAGACAGACCUGAAAUCUGAUUCCAGUGGGACAUCUGGGAAAGUGGCUAAACCUCUUAGCCUGUUCCCACCUAUAAAAAUGAGGAGACAGAAACCUACCAAAUAAGAUUCCUUCAAGCAUUUAAGUGAUGCAGCACUCAAUCAGUACCAGCUUCUGUGUGUUCACGCUAAUUUCUAUUAUCCAUGGACUAGAGAAGAUAGGAUGGGGGUUUGAUGGAUGCAGAGGAGAGGGAGGGGGGUCACAAAGGAAUGAUUACCGGGAGGUGAUAAGAGCUAUAUCUGUACACCAUGGCUAAGCUGUGACAAGAAAGCAGAGAGGUGUAAAUGCCAGGGUGGGAGGUGAGAAGCAAGGAGAUUGGGGGGAAAGCCAGGGCCAGAAAUGAAACGUCCCUGUCCUGUGUGUCAUGCUCCUGGAAGCUGGGCCUCCAGCUGGGUAUGACAGCCAGUUUUUCAUGUGAGCUUCCCCUUCUAGGAUGGGGAUCCACAGAGCUAGCAACCUUGCUGAGCUAGAUACUAAGCAAGAGUCCUAGAAGCAGGUCCCAUUAUCAAGCCAGAUGGGAGUAGGUUCUGGUACAGCCACUGUGUUCCGUGUUCCAGAGGUAUCCAGAGUCCAAGGGGUGGUCUGCACCCCCGCUCCUCCAUCACUCUCUCCUUUGUGUACUUGUCUCUCCAAUGAGAUGGUUAACUCCCUUGGGAGCAAGGAAUUAUCUGUCGCCCCUCUUCUUGUGUCUAGUGUAGUGCUCUGAACAAUGGGUUUCAGUUAAUUAAGCAAACAUAAAUGUAUUCUUCUGGAGCACAGUGUUUUCCUCUGCUCAUUAUAUGAUACCACUUAUCCAGAAGUUCUUUCCAAGAAAGUCCAGACAGCUCCUGGGGAGAACAAAGUGCCAGGUGUGAGAGGGCAGGUCCUACAAAAUUGCUGCUUCCGGCCACAGAGUACUUAUGCUAAAACAUGUAAAAGUAUUAAAAUUAGGGCAGUGUGGUUAUUACCAUUUUACAGUUGAAGAAAGUGAGGUUCAGCCGGGUCACAGCUUGUACAUGGACUCCUGGGUGCAGUGCAGUCCUGGGUGCAGUGCUCUUUCCACUUUCUUGACCCAGAGGUCUGCUUCCUGCCCAUAAGCCAGGCCCUCCAGCUGGAUGCCCGUUCCUCAGAAGCGGCCCUUUGUCCCACCCUCCAUCAUUCUGCAUUCCCAUCCUGAGCACCUACUGUGUGCCAGAACAUUUCCAGACUGUGAUGCUGGCUGUGAGAGGGCAGAGAGCAAGGUGAACACGGGUCAGAUUCCCCCAAAGGGCGGAGGUGAUGGGGAUUAGUUUAUGGAAGUCCUUUGGUGCCUAGCACUUGGCUGGAUACUGUAAAAAUGCCUCUGUUAGCCUGGGAAACCUAGCGACAUCCAGUCUCUUGGAAAGAAAAAAAAAAAAAAGCCAGGCAUGAAGGCGUGUGCCUGUGGUCCCAGCUUCUGGGGAGGCUGAGGCUUGAGCCCAGCCCUGGAGGUUGAGUUUGCAGUGAGCCGUGAUCGCGCCACCGCACUCCAACCUGCGCGAUACUGCCAGAUCCUGUCUCAGAAAAAAAAAAAAAAAAAGGCUGUUACCCGGGAGGAGAGCUCCUCGCCCGACCUCUACCCUCAUGAAAAGAGGCUCAGAGGGCUGAAGUGCCUAUUUGGCCGAAAGCCGUGGCAGGGUGGCAAGGCAGGGCCAGGGGAAGCGGCUCCGCCGCCGGGGCCGGGCCCCUGUUUGGCCGGUGCCCGGUCCUUAGCCUGAAGGUGGUGGGCUUCCGCCAGAAGCCCCUGGCGGAAGCGGUGCCCGCGUGCGGGCCAGAGUGUGGGUGUGCAGGUCUCUGGGCGGCCCAAAGGGGGUGCCCCUGCCUGGUAACCUAGCGGGAGGGUGGGGACGGCGGGGAGGGCGGCGGGCGCGGGGCAUGGCUCCGCUGCUCAGGGCAGGCUCCGCCCCCAGGGGCGCGGAUUUAAAAGGAUCGAAGGCAGCCCCGGAGCCCAGCGGCCGGGAAGCGCGCCCGAACGAAGCCGCGGCCCGGGCACAGCCAUGGCCCGGCGGGCGGGGGGCGCUCGGAUGUUCGGCAGCCUCCUGCUCUUCGCCCUGCUCGCUGCCGGCGUCGCCCCGCUGAGCUGGGAUCUCCCGGAGCCCCGCAGCCGAGCCAGCAAGAUCCGAGUGCACUCGCGAGGCAACCUCUGGGCUACCGGCACCUCUUCACUCUCCACUUCCUACCCUGCCCUUUUUCGUCCCUUGUCCAAGCAGCCCACACAACUAGCAGAGUUUCUCCCUGGCCCUGGACCAUCCCACCUUCCUGCCAGCUGUGCCAUCCUCUCUACCUGUUCAGGAAAAGCUGAGGGAGCAGGCUUUGCCACCACCCAGACACCUUUGUGGCUCCUUGGUGAGGUGGAAGCACCAAGAGGAGGAAGGUUAAGUAUCUUCCCGCCACAAGAACGGAAACGUGGGAGAGAUGAGGAACUUUUCCCCUGAGGUAGGAUCCUGGCUGCUUGACUUCCUUGUGCCUGGACACCUCCUUUCCAGGUCACUUCAUGGGCAAGAAGAGUCUGGACCCUUCCAGCCCAUCCCCAUUGGGGACAGCUCCCCACACCUCCCUGAGGGACCAGCGACUGCAGCUGAGUCAUGAUCUGCUCGGGAUCCUCCUGCUAAAGAAGGCUCUGGGCGUGAGCCUCAGCCGCCCCGCACCCCAAAUCCAG